AUGUCGGACAUCAAAGAGUCUUAUGCUACGACGACCUCAGAGAAUGGCGACCACAAAGGUGCUGUGGCUGACAUCGCCAUCAUCUCUGGCUCUGAAGCCAUAGCAGAAGCCAAGCUGAAGGAGCCUGUUCAACGUUUCUCCAGCUCUGCUAUGCUGCUUUACGUCUGUGCAUUUGUGGGAUUCUUUUGCUCGACAUGCAACGGGUUCGACGGAUCCAUGUUCAACUCGCUCCUCACCAACAACACCUUCAAGGAGUACUACAACGUCGAGAGUACUGGAGCCUGGGCUGGUAUCGUUACGUCUAUGUACCAGAUCGGUGGUGUUGUUGCCCUUCCCUUUAUCGGCCCCGCCUGCGACACUUGGGGUCGUCGCAUUGGUAUGAUGAUUGGCGGAGUUCUUGGCUGCACUGGUGUCAUCAUCCAGUCAACUGCUCCUGCGUCCAACCCUGUCGGGCAAUUCAUGGGAGGUCGUUUCCUCCUCGGCUUCGCAGUCCCAAUCAUGACAACCGCUGGUCCGCUUCAUGUCAUCGAGACUGCGCAUCCCGCUCACCGUGGUAUCAUCACUGGUCUUUACAAUACUUUCUGGUUCGUCGGAUCACUUCUCGCUGCCGGUGUCACACGUGGGUCUGCCAAUCUCGCGGGUAAUCAAUCUUGGAGGAUUCCCGUCUGGCUUCAGAUGCUCUUCCCAGCCUUACUCGUUAUACUACCUCUUCUUCUUCCAGAGAGCCCUCGCUGGUUGUACACUCGCGGUAAACACACCCAGGCCAAGAAGACUCUCGCCAAGUACCAUGGUUGCGGCAACGAGGACAGCAUCUGGGUUUCCAUGCAGAUUCGCGAAUACGAGGAAUACCUCAACAUGGACGGAGGAGACAAGCGCUGGUGGGACUACGGCUCUCUCUUCAAGACUCGUCCUGCGCGCUACCGCCUCGCUUGCAAUUGCAUAGUCGCGAUCUUCGGUCAAUGGGCAGGCAAUGGUGCUGUCGACUACUUCAUCUCUGGUGUUCUCGAAUCUGCAGGCGUCACGGACGAGAUCAAGAAGAUGAACAUCAACUUGGGAAAGAGCUGCAUGCAGCUUGCAUUCAACAAGACCGGAAGCAUUCCUGCCGGUAAUGCCUUCGUAGCAUUGGUCUUCCUCUUCAACGCCGUCUUUGCCUUCGGUAUUACUCCGCUCCAGGCCCUCUAUCCCGUUGAGGUGCUCUCAUUCGAGAUGCGCGCCAAGGGUAUGGCCUUUUCCAACUUGGCGCUUACCACAGCCAUGUUGAUCAACCAAUUCGCCUAUCCUAUUGCUCUGGAGAAGAUUGGCUGGAAGCUGUACAUCGUCUUCGCCUGCUGGUGCCCGGUCCAGGCGUUCGUCGUCUGGCUCUUCAUUCCGGAGACCAAGAACCGCACGCUCGAGGAAAUCGAUGACAUCUUCAACGCGCCGAACCCGAGGAACGCGUCGCUUGUCAAGAAGAGGGUCGCCACCGACGCGCAAGGCAACGUUCUUGAGGUCGAGAAGCUGUAA